AUGCAAUUAAAUGAAUAUGGUUCAUAUUCAGCUAAAAUUCCAAAACAUAAUAUUCAAACAACAUCACAAGUUAAAGUUAAACCAGAAGACAUUAAAAUUCUUAAACAUGUACAUAUUGUUCCUGAUGAACAACAACCAGAUAAUCUUAUUCUUGAAAUUCAACUAAAUAAACCUUUAUCAACUGAUAUAAUUCUUCUUUAA